UGUUUUAAAGGGUGCACCAAUAGAGUACACAUGAUGCUGUAGAGAAGGUUCAACCGGAGAAAUGACCGCUAAGACUACCCGCAGUGUUGAACAGUGUGGAUCAGUACAUUUAUGAUCAGUUGGGUGUAUGUAGCAGUGUGAUUAGGAGCAGGUUGUAGACGAUCAUGGCUCGAGUUGUGAAAACGCUGCGCACUCUUCGAAACCACUGGAAGAAGUCCACGUUUGCGGGGUGCGUCCUGUCUUACGGCGGGCACUGGCUAUACGGAAAACACUGUGACAAUGUGCUACGAAGAGAAGCCUGCGUGGAGGCCAGGGAAUUCGGCCGCCAGCUGAUUGCACCGCAGGAACAGCUGAAGAAAGCCACGGUCAUCCUCAAUCCGGCUGCCUGCAGUGGGAAAGCCAACAGUCUGUUCGAGAAGAAUGCAGCCCCCCUGCUACACCUGGCUGGCAUGGACGUGAAAGUUGUGAAGACGGACUACGAGGGUCAGGCUAAGAAGCUGAUGGAGCUGAUGGAGCAGACUGAUAUGCUGAUUGUGGCCGGGGGCGAUGGAACUCUGCAAGAGGUGGUCACAGGAUUGCUGCGUAGAACUGAUCAGGAUUCGUACAGUAGCACUCCCAUUGGCUUCAUCCCUCUGGGUUCCCAGAAUUCCUUGAGCCAGAGUCUGCAUUUCCAGACUGAAAAUAAAGUUAAACACAUCACCGGAGCGACGCUGGCAAUCCUUAAGGGGAAAACGGUGCCGCUGGAUGUGCUGCAGGUCAAGGGGGAGAAGGAGCAGCCGGUGUUUGCCCUGAUAGGACUGCGCUGGGGGGCUUUCAGAGAUGUGGCCUCCUCCAUCAGCAAAUAUUGGUAUCUGGGCCCGUUGAAGACUAUGGCAGCGCACUGGUUCAGCACAUUAAAGAGCUGGCCGCAGACCCACCAGGCGUCUCUGUCCUACCUGGCGCCCACGCCCCGCCCCCCAGAGGAGUCCACGACGAAGCCCCCGCGCCCCUCCCUCAUCUACCGCAUCGUCCGCCGACUGAAGAACUACUGGAACCCCCCUGUAGAGGAGCCCCCUAAGGAAGAAGAGCCAGAACACUGGGAGGAGCUACAGAUCUCCACAGUGGAGCUGUCAAUCAAGACCAACAACAGAAACCCAGUCAUGAAUCGCACAGAUGACUCCAUGCAAGUGUGUGUGGAGCCAGAGACCAUGACUGUGGGGGAGUUCAUCACAAUUGGUGGAGAGAAAGCCCGGGAUCCAAUGCUGUGCAGCAAGAGCGGGCGUAACCUGGAGGCCAGCGCCUGUAUGCUCACCCUGCCCCAGGAGGGCGCCGGUUUCUACAACAUCGACAGCGAGGAGUACGAGGCCAUGCCGGUGGAGGUGAGGCUGUUGCCGCGGAAACUGCGGUUCUUCUGCAGCGAGGAACGCAGGCAGCAGCUGCUCUCGGAGGCGCACUGAGGGACCGACGGGCUGGAGAGAAAAGAAGAGAAGGAUGGAGAGAUAGAGGGAUAGCAGAGACAAAUGUUGGCACGAUGGGACACUGUGAUCAUGGGCAGGACUCACUGCUGUGUGCAAGGACCACAAGACCCAACCUCGCUCUGCUCUGUGUCCCCAUUCAUUGGAGACUCAACUCAGAAACUCUAAUAAAGGAUUAAACGUCAGUGCUGCAGUGGCAGCCAAGCUCUGUUCUCUCCACAGCUACACGUUGCUUCUCUGCACUGUCCGCGGCUGUCAACGUAAAAGGUUGGAAUUGUAUGCUGGGUCUGAAGUAACUGAGAAGGUUUUGUCAUGUUUAAAAAAAGAAAAGAAAUUGUGUUAACCAGAUAUUAAAAUGCAUUAGUUCUU